UUCCUCAGAAUAAAGCUGUCUCAUCCUACUCGGCGAAGAAUAGAAAACGUAGACAUGAAAGGACUCAAGAAGGCUCUUCUGCUUUGGAGCACAAUCUUCAUCUCAACUCUCGCUUGUUUUCAUGAGGUAUCUGCCUCUUCGGGUAAGCCACAGAUUUUUGACAAGUAAUCAUUUCCUGUUCAAAACGAACCGAAAUUGUUUAAAUACAAGCCACGGCACGCUCACUUAGAAGUUGAAAGUUGAUGCGGAAAAGCCAACAGGCUCCUAAGAGGGUCUCAAUGGGGUUAACCGUUAGCCGUAAAACGGCCAAAAUAUUUAGCCGUUAGGCGUAAAAAUUGACAAAUUUUAACCGUUAGUCGUAAAAAAAGUUAGCCGUAAAAAAUAUGUCUGGUGGAAACAAUGGAAAGGUGUUAACCGUUAGCCGGAAAAUGGCCAAAAUUUUAACCGAUAGCCGGAAAAGCCAUCACCCCAUUGAGUCCCUCUCCUAACGUAAAAUAGGAUAAAAUAAAUUACCCUGCUAUACUCUCCCAACGACGCAGCACCAUAGUUUUUUUACAAACCUACCCCAUUUAAUCUUCAAUUUAGAUAAACCUUUAAUCUGAACAUUUAUUUUUGUGAACAGUGUCAAAAGAACCGAAAGCUAGUAGUGUAGGGACAUUUAUUUAAUCAAAUGAGAGGUCAUCGAGAAAGUCUGAAGUCCACUGAUUGCGUAAAACCGUGCAUUGUGGUAGACCUCGUGAUAACAACCGGCCUUACGUAUUUUUGGGAUUUCUUGUAACCUUUUCGUUUUUCGAAAAAAAGAGAUAUCCGUACGUGGAGUAUUAGAAUAUAAUGCAAUAAUGACCAACGUAAUGGAAACUUUCGGAAUCUAGAUUUGUUCUUCACUGUUAUUAUGCUUCCGACCCCUAUCGAGUUCACUCAUUUAUGCUCUGUGCCUUAAAAAAAAAAAGAUAUCAGCAAUUAAAACAAAACCUAGCAAAGACAGAUUCCGACGGAGCCCUGUUGCAAAGAAGUCAGUCUUAUUCGAAAUGAAUGCAUGCCAAUAAUUUGUUAAGAACCGUGAAAUUUGAUCGUUGCGUUACAGAAGUUCUUUAUGUUCCAAUAUUUGCGGUCAGAAACAAAGUGAGAUGUAAAAGAAAGAAAAAAAACAACAAUGCAUUGUAGAAUUAAGUGUUGUCAUUGAAAAUGAGGGCUAACAUCUGAUAAAGAUCAAUAAAAUAAACCAUGAUAAUUUCAGUAUCUUUAGAUUUGCUUUGCAAUCAGCAGAUUAAGUGAAUUGAUGAGAUUCUGAGACAGACUUUGACCUUGAAAAACUGUCUUGUCUAGUAGCACAACUGCCAUAAAAACAAAACGGAAAAAAAAGUUCCACAUUCGUUUUUAUCGAAAAAAUAUUAGAAGAUUUUGUGCUUUUGCAUGUAACAUCGCUUUUGACAUAAUAAAUCAACUUUUGGAAAUUUGAAAUUCAUGCUAAUGUAAAAUCUGGACUCCAUUACUUCGUAUCCAGUAGUAAACAAUCAGAUAAUGAGUAUCGAUCGAGAAAAGAGAAUGUGCGCACAACAUGUUUGUGCCUCUGAGUGCCCUCCUUCAGAGACGGAAGCAAAACUUAUUUCUCUAAUAUUCAAGUUGGUGUCGUCUUUAUUCUGUAUUCAGGACUGGGGGUUCCUUUUAAUAAUAUCAUACUUGUUAAAAGAACAUGAUUGAUAAAGUGAACUAGGCUGGGCAACGCUUCACCAAAACAUUUGAUAUUUUGAAAAUCGAAUUUUCUAUUGUCAUUCUUGUAAACGACUCAGCGGGAGGGAGAAUGAUGGCUCAUAACCGUUUUUCCUGUAGAAAAAUGUACAUUCCCCUUUAUCAUGGGCGAAAAAACGGACUAUGAGAUCAGAAAUAUUAAGUUUAUUAUGCACAUUUUUCUUUUUUUUUUGGGGGGGGGAAGGGGAAGGGGGGGGGGGAGGGAAGGGGUGGGAUAUGAGGAAUGUGGCAAUUCCUCACCAGUGCCAAAUCUUUAUUUGAGAUCGGUUAUCAUUAAUUCGCCUCUGAAUCUUUUGAAAAAUGUAUUAUGGUUGUUUACGAUUAUUUUCCUUUGUUUGUUCUUUUUCAUAGCAAUGAGGCAUUCGUGCAACUCGCCAUGUCUUCUGGUUGCAAAUUUAGACCGCGUAUUAGCGACUAUAGCGUUGUUGCCGCUAUAGUCUAUGGACUCUAUCAAGUUCCAUUGACUCAGCCAGAAUAUAAGCUUUCUUCUUCUAUCAAGGGUGAUACCAGUUGAAUACGUAACAUUAUGUACCGCUAUAGUGACACGCUGUGUUCCGUAUAAAGUAGAUCUUUCCACCUUAGAAAUAUUUCCCCUAUCAAUCCAAAACAUCAAUCUGUGGAGAUAAUCACCCAGCUGCAUCGGUUAUUAGAUUUAUCAGCAAUUUACUUCAUCAUUUUAUCUCAACCUUAGAUUUUCUUUUAAAAAGUCUUCCUAAUUAAUAAUUGGUUUGCGGGAUCUUUCACGCGUUCAUACAGUACUUACAGUAUUAUGUAGGAUCUGGCUCUCAAGUAAAAAGAUGUCAGCGCAAUGGAACUUGGAGUGGACAGAAUUAUUCUUGUCAAAGUAGGUCCUCGAAGCUUGGUAAAGACCGAUAUGUAAUAUAUUCCGUUUUAUUUUUGACAAGUAAUCAUUUCCUGUUCAAAACGAACCGAAAUUGUUUAAAUACAAGCCAUGGCACGCUCACUUAGAAGUUGAAAGUUGAAGCGGAAAAGCCAACAGGCUCCAAACUAAAGGUAAAAUAGGACCAGAAAAAAUCAAUCGUACGAUGUAUUGAUCGAAGGAUAGUCAUUGAGUUCAAAUAGGAGUUAUGCCAAGAGUAGUGUAAUUACAAGGCCUUCUGAGUUACACCAUUGUCCUCGAACGUAUUUAUACAUCUUUUACUUAUUCGUAAACCUCUUUAUCACAAAAUGGUCUGAUUAUUUAAACAAAGGUUAGACGUUGUUUAACAAAGCCGCAUCCGAAACAAAGUCAAACUCUUCACGGUGGCCAAUUUAUAUUAUCAACUCAGUCGAUAAUUUUAAAUUACCCUGUUAUACUCUCCCAACGACGGAGCACCACAGUUCCUUUAGAAACUUACCCCUUUUAAUUUUCAAUUUAGCUAAACCUUUGAUCUGAACAUUUAUUUUUGUGAACAGUGUCAAAAAGGCCGAAAGCGAGCAGUGGAGGGACAUUUUUUCAAUUAAAUGAGAGGUCAUCGAGAGAGUUUGAAGUCCUCUGAUUGCGUAAAACCGUGCAUUGUUAGACCUUGUGACAACAACCGGCCUAAUGUAUUUUUCGGAUUUGUUGUAACAUUUUCUUUUUUCGGUUACUGAUCACUGCAAUCGAAGGUAAGGGAUAUCCGUACAUGGAGUAGUGGAAUCUAAUGCAAUAAUGACAUGAUGGAAACUUUGGGAAUCUGUUCUUCAUUGUUAUUAUGCUUCCGACCCCGAUCGAGUUCACUGAUUUAGGCUCUGUGUCUUAGGGAAAAAAAGAUAUCGGCAAUUAAAACAUAAAACUUAGCAAAGAUAGAUUCCAACGGAGUCCUGUUGCAAAGAAUUCGGUCUCAUCGAAAGGAAUGCAUGCUAAUAAUUUGUUCACAACCAUGGACCUCGAUCGUUGCGUCACAGAAGGUCUUUACUUUCCAAUAUUUGCGGUAUGGAAACAAAGUGAGAUGUCAAAGAAAGAGAAAAACGACGAUGCAUUGCAAAUGGCAUUAAAUGUCGCUAUUGAAAAAGAGGGCUAACACAUAAUAAAAUAAUAUAAAUAAUAUAAAACCAAAAUCUCAGUAUUUUUAGAUUUGCUUUGCAGUCCGCAGAUUAAGUGAAUUGAUGUCAGACUUUGACCUUGAAAAACUGUGUUACUGAUAAUAACGCAACUGCCAUAAAAACGAAAUGGCAUAAACAAUUGCGCUUUCUUUUGUUGUAUGAAACCCGACUUCAUUAAAGAAAUAUAUGAAGAUUUUGUGCUUUUGCAUGUGACAACGCUUUUUACAUAAUCAAUAAAUCAAUCUUUCUAAAUUUGAAAUUUAUGCUAAUGUAAAACCUUAACUCCAUUAUUUCGUAUCAAAUAAUAAACAAUCAGAUAAUGAGUAUCGAUUGAGAAAAGAGAAUGUGCGCACAACAGGUUUGCGCCUCUGAGUGCCCUCCUUCAUAGUUUGAAGUAAACCUUAUUUCUCUAACACUCAAGCUGGUUUCGUCUUUAUUCUGUAUCCACUUUUUAAACUACCUUAAAGCAUGGAACACUAACUCAGAUCCAUUAGGUGAUAGUUAAUGGGCUGUCAAUCAUUGUCCAUGGUAAUCGUGUCACACUUUACUAACGAAUCACAUCAAGUUACGUAAUGUUUGGAUUCUGUUAACAAAAUUGAAAUUACGCAUACAAGGAGAUCCACAGAGAAAAGAGCUUUCAAAGACCGUUACAUAACAAUAACAGUAAACAGAACGAUUAGAGAACAAAGGGGGUACCUAGGGAACCGCUUCUUAACGAGCUACGUGCUCUUCGAAGAAGCAGUCUGAUUAUAAAUUCAGUGCGGAGGAUGAAAGCCACGAUUUAUUUCACAUAAAGUCACCUUGAGCGAAAGAGGUUUGAAAAAAAGGGCUGAAAUUAGAAUAACAGAAUUCUUUCCUGAUCGUGAAUUCGACAUGAGGUUUACCCAAAAUGAAAAUCUGUAAGGAAACAAAAUAUAAAAAGAUAACAAUUAAUCUGGUUGCUAAACUAGGUCUCUAAGAGCAUAAUAGAUGUUCAACUAACUUUUACAGUUUUUGCUGAAUGGCUUACGAUAUACAUAGGCAUAGUAUUUCCAUUUAUAUUCUCAACACCUAGUUGAGUUAGAAUUACAUAGAAAGAAAAGUUCCUGCUUGAUACAAAUUUCGACUUUUAACAAUACCAGUCAAUAUAAAUGAAUUAUCAAUUGGUAUUUUCAAUCGAGAAAUAUCAAUGUUGUGCUCUUCAAUUAAAUGAAUCAAAUUCAAUCGAAUUUAGAUCGAUAUUUAUCGAUUGGCUCCCGCAUUUCAGGAAAAGUGAUUUAAUACAGGAGUUGUGCCUUAUCACCUUUUUCGUUUUUCUUUCACUUAAAACUAGGUAACCAUUAAUACCAGUCAAGACAAUUUAAAAGGCGUUGAUUGCUACUUACAAUCGACAGAAAUCAGUACAGGUAUAAAAAGUAUUGCUAUUCGAGUAAUUUGCCUUUUUUUAUUAUUUCCUGUAGAACUGAGACGACGUACUUGCAAUCACCCAUGUCUUUUGGUUCCCAGUUAUGACCACAUAUUGGCUUUGGAUUUCGGUAAUAAGACGAGUUAUUCAGUCAUUUCCAAUUUGACCAAUGCGGUAGCUUUAGACUUUCAUUACAACUUGGGCUACAUAUUUUGGAGUGAUAUCGGAGACCAAAACAUCAAGCGCUCGAAUAUGGACGGCACAAACAUUUCAAUCAUCCAAAACGACACAGGGUACUGUUGGGGUCUAGCGGUGGAAUGGAACUCAUUGCAGCUGUAUUGGACUGAUGUAACAAAUGGUACUAUAUCGAUAUCAGACUUUCAUGGAAGUAACAAGAGAAUUCUCUGGUCAUCAAAAUUUGAAGUGCCGGACGGAAUUGUUCUCGACCCACACGAAGGGUAAAUACGCAUCAGAAGUACAAUUCACCGAUAAGUAACAAUUCAUUGAAUAUUCUAUAGCAUUAGAGGCAAGCUUUUAAGUGGCAUUCAUUUGCUGUGAUAUUGGAAUAAUGUAAGAAGUGACGAUAUGAGGAUUAAGGACAAGAAAAACAAUCCCUUACCCUUGACCCUCAAAUAAUUCCUGUGCUUGUAAUGGUACCGUUGACGACCUAAAGGGAUCUCCUUUGGAAGGUGGAUCUUAUAACUCGAGGAUCACAUCUGAAUAACAAGUAUUAAGGGUAUUCGAUGAGAGGAAGUUUGCGAUCAGAAACGGCCCAUAUCGAAUUACAGACUACAGGGAAGCAUGAAUUUAAGGGACCAUCUAAGGUCUUACUCAAAAUUUAUAGUGGCUUUCAAACCUUGCCAAACUCAAACUUGCAAAGAGAGAGUUCCUUAUAUAUUGAUUGCAAACCAGUCGAUUUAAAGUUGCAGCUUUAUAAAUAGUUAGACAUGGUCGGAAACCAUUUCUAAGGACACAAAUAUUGUUUUACUUUACUGACCACUAAUUCACCCUGUGGGAUAGGACGUGAAACUUUUAGGAUAGAGUAUGAGAAUCACUUUGCAAGUGGAUCGCCUUUAGUCUGUGUUUUCUUUUGAUAAAUACCAUAUUUUCUUGACAAAUUAUGCAUCCCUUACUGCCCUAAGCCACUCCCUUUAGACCGAGCAUAUUUCUCUUUCUCACCCUCGGGAAAUUUAUGAGUAGAUAAUUGCGAUGGCUUAUUCGACAGAUUGAUGUUUUGGACUGACUGGGGGAAUCCGCCGAAAAUCGAGAAAUCAACUUUACAUGGCACAAAUCGUGUCGCCAUAGUAACGACCAAUCUUAGGCACCCAUUUGGUAUCACUCUUGAUCGACGAAACAAACUUAUUUUCUGGGUGGACAAUGGAAUGGACGUGAUAGAAUCCGUUGACUACAACGGAAACAGCAGAAAACUUCUCUUUCACCGGCCAGGAAUGUCAUUCAGUGGAGUUACUUUUACGUCAUCCUAUUUGUUCAUCAAUGGUUGGAAUCAAAACUGGGUUUCUCAGUUGGAUGCCUAUAAUGGAACAGUGGUAGGAAAUGUAACAACCGGCGGCAUUUUAACCGGGGGAAUCGUCGCAUUGAACGGCUCACUGCAGUUACCAGGUUUGUGUUGCAACUUAACAAAACUGCACUUAUCAAUAUGUAGCACGGGAAGAUGGAAGGAGAAAAGCAUAAUUAGAGAGGGAAGUGAACGCAGUCGAAAAGUAAGAGCUUCUUUUUCUUGGAGGUUGUAACCGCUCCCUUUUCUCCAUCAUUUAUUUUGAAAUGCUAAAACGAAACGGUUAAUGACAAAAUGUAAACACAAGUUUUGCAAGGUAGUCCCAUAUCUGCCCCUAAAUUUUGCUUGUAAAUAGAAUAAGUGAGAUGGUAAGUUUUGAGCUCUGUAAAGAAAUAAAGAAGGAUGUUUUUCGUCUUGUCACGAGCGUGGGAUAAAGAAAAAAAUUCCAUAAGGAAUCGAACCUCAGACCUUCGGAUUCCGCGCUCUGAUGCUCUUCCACUGAGCCACAGAGACUCUACCGUGGACGAAAGAAAUAGCGAAAUGGAAAUAGAGCACGCUCGUGACAAGACGAGAAACAUUUUUCUCUAAGGUUUCUGUUGUUGUUGAUUUGAAGUGUGUAGGUUUCUUAUCUUGAAUGAUCAUUGUUGUAUAAAAGCAACAGUUCCAGAUACUUUUGUUACGUUUUAUUUCCUUUUUCUUUGCAAUAAAAAUGUGUCCGGCGUUACCUGCGCCGACUGAUGGAGCAAUACUUGGAUGCCCAGGAAAUGCAAGUGUAAAUUAUGAUACAGUCUGUCAGUUUUUGUGCAACAAUGGCUACAAAGGUUAUGGUUCUCAAGAAAGAAGAUGUCAACACGAUGGAACCUGGAGUGGACGAGAGUUUAUUUGUCAAGGUAAGUAGCAGUAUAUUCACUUUCCGAUGAAAAAUUGUGUGAUGAUUAAGGAGAGAAGAUCAUACUUCAAUAUUUCCUAAACCACCUCCUAGCUCAACUUCCUCCAACUACGAAAAUGGCCAUUGACGUUUUCCGCUAAGCAAAUCAGAUUGCAAAGUUUCGAUCGGCCGAAGUUUGAGUAUUAAAUAGAGCAGAGUAAUGUUGUCCGUCUGCCUGUUUGUUUGUUACUUGUUUUUUUCGUUCUUUAUUUGAAAGAAAAGUGGAAAUAAUUCUCAAAAUUUAUUCCAAAACUCUGCGACAAACUUUGAGAAAAGGGUACUCCCAACAGAUUUUAACUGCAACCACCAUCUCACUUUAGAUUUAGUUCGAUCAUUCACAAUCAUAUUGAUUUUUAUUGUUCAGCUGUUAAAUGCACUUUACCAACCAAUGGCAUACUCUUGGGAUGUAACACGAACUCCACAGAGAUGUCGCUUGGCGCAGAAUGUAGGUUCUCUUGUAAGGAAAGAGCUGAGGAGAUCGGUUCAACAGUCAGGAAAUGUUCAGAGAAUGGAACCUGGGGUGGUGUGGACCUCGUCUGUGCAGGUAUAAGAUUUACGAAUACCUACUUCUGGAGAGUGUUGCUCCCUCGUACUAUUGAUGAUCUUGGAAGACGAAUCAGUUUAAGAUCAUCAAUAGUCUUUCCAAGGUUGGCUGCGAUUGUAGAUCGCGACAGUUGAUCUAACAUCGUGGUGACAAUCAUUUUUCUAAUGGCUACGUCGUAUAUCACAUGUGUGUAGGAAUUCAAAGAACUUACGAUCUAACAUCACGAAUCGAUACAAGAUCGUAAGUAGCCUUUUCAAGGUUUGUAGCGGUUAUUGAUCAUGAUUGGUCUAACAACAGCUUAUAAUCUUUUGUUUGGGUCGGAGCAGCCGAGCCAAUGCAUCGGCGCUCGGAUCAGUCGAUUUAUGAUCGUAGAAUGGAUCGUCACUGUCUGUAAGUGUCCAAGACUCAGUAACGAUACAUUUGUCUCGUACUGCAUAUUCGCUUUUAUCAGUGAUUUUGAUACUGAAUAGGGAGAUGACACCUGCUGGUCCAAUGUAUCUUAAUUAUAAAUACUAAUCCCAUGUUGAGCCUAUUCGUUUAGAGUGCUGGUCUUUAUUGCGAUGCGGUUCACGAUACCAUCAGUUGGCAUCUUAAGGCCUUUGAUCCAGACCGAGAAGAUACAGAGUCACUGUAGACUGACAGAGAUUAAACUGAUUGACGAUAAGUAGAUGCAGAUGAUAACUCACGGUUGAACAUUUUGGACAUGAACCCUUAGGACGUGGAAUUUUUCCAGGUACCUGAAAUAUAGAUUUUUUUUGGGUGGUAAGAAUUUAACCUAUCGUUUUUGUAGUGCUUAAACAGUCAGAGGUCUAAAAUAUAUAUAUAACAAAAGCAAAAGAGAAUAAAGAAGCAAAGAAAAGGUAUUUCGAAAACUAAAUUCUAAUUUUUAGAUUAAUUUUUCACGCACGGUUUGAGGGUCGCCCGAAAACGAAGAUUUUCAGAACACAAUCAAAAUUCAAAAUACCUUACGAACCUGAUUGAUUGCGAUAAGGGGAAAAUUGGAGGAGGCAUUUCUGGACUUAACAUAGAUGAAAGAACCCCAAAGCGGGUAAUUUUUUAAUUGGUGCAUCGAUUUCAUCAGCGAAGCCGAUUGGAAAUUUCCUUGGUUUUCAUUUUGCACUGAAUUUUCUUGUUAAAAUUGUUUCUGAUUGCUUUUCAGAUGUUUUCCUCUUAUCCCUGCGGUACAGAAAUGCAAAGAAGUCUAUUCCAAAGGAUACAAUGGGACAAUUAUUUUCUCUUGAUUUCUUGCAUUACAUUUGGAACUCUGAAAUGGUCUCUUCUAGGGAUGCACGAAUUUGUAAUGAUUUACCAACUGAUGCAAAAUCAAAUAUUACCGCUUCAUAGAUUCGUUAUAUAUAUUUAGAUACAAAACGUAAUGCUAUUAUUUUUUAUAAGAUCCUUGUUGAGAACACAAAUGUGAUUUAUCGAUUCAGGUAGUUAAUAAGUCAAUACCUAAAAUUAAACCUUUAGUCAUGGUGAUCAAUCUGAAAACAAAACAACCUUGACUAUUUGUUUAAACAUACAGGCUAAAUUGUAAAAAAAUGCUUUAGCAUUUUUGAAAAAAAAAAAUAAUUCAACCGCUCAUUUUCGAUAAGUUAAUGGAUUGUUUUGCUUCUUUGAGCUUGGGGAACUUCCAUCACUGUGGAUGAUUAGUGAUUAGUUACUUAUAAGGAUAUUCCUGCAAAUGUGUUGCAUGUAGCGGCCAAUAAUAAAAGGAAGAAAAGGGAAAACAAAUAGACUGCUCUAGUCCCUGGACAUGUAAGCUUUGUUUCAUGUGACGGAGCAGGAGUAAUGAUCACUGAAAUAAAAAUUGAAAGCAAUCCUCCUUAGUAUCACAGAAACAUAUCAAACUCUCUCCCCAGAGCGACGAACAUUUGUUUUUCUCGGUUCCAGGUGUACGCAACCACUAACCCCACGUAAUACGCAUGCUCUCCGUUACGAAUUUUCAAAAUGGCGGACAGGCCAAAGAGGGAAAUUAAAAAAACAAAGCGAUUUUGCAAUGAAUACUCAACAUACACCCCCGUUAGAAAGGCGAAUCCACGGAAGAGAGAUACAAAACUGUAUCAUAUCGAGAUCGAUAUGAUAUUAAAUCGAUACCGAGGACUCGUUUCCAACUUGCUAAGAAGUGCAUUUAAUUUCCCUCCGCCACGAUUACUAGCUUUCUUGACAGCUUUCUGAAGACAGAAUACUUUCUUUCUGAAGACUUCUGAUAUGUGGCUAUUGAUUAUUACACCUCGUAUACCUCAUUGCUCAAACACUUUGUUCGCGAUUGUUGAAAGGACCGACUCAUGGUUCUCCGUCUUCGUCUUUACAUUGCUUUGAAAUAGAAAAGAUUAGUAAGCUGAAACGAAAAAUUAAUCAGGGAAGUUUACGAAAAAUCCAGAAAACAAGCUUAAAAAAGGCAUUUAUUAAGACUUCAUUCUUCAACGAACUUCACAAAUCUUAUUUGUUUAUCUUGUAAGUAAACGAUGGCAGAUUAAUUCCCGAAGCGCCUACUGCGUUUCCCGAUCCCUAUCCUACUGCUUUCACGCUUACAAAACAGGAAAAAAUCAAAAGGAGGAAGAUACAGCUGUUUUGAAACGCCAUUUGACGAGGGUUAAUCUGCUUUUUGUUCGACACUUUAUUUAUCAAAAUAAAGGAAAUUUGUUCCUUUUUUUGAUUCUGGCGGUACAUUUUUAAUUUGCGCCUGCGUAAAAGAGAUAUCGCCCGAGACCCUUUGCUCGGUCGUGUUUUGAUCAAAACGCCUUGUUAAUUUCACGCAACCGCUCUGAGAAAAGGUAAAAAUGACGAGGAUUAGAAAAUUAGCGACAUAGAAAGCCACAAUAUUAUAGUUUAAUAUUUCAGAGGUACAUUGAGUGCUUUUCCGUAGAGAAUCCCAUACGAUGGUAAAACAUUCGAAAAUUACACUCGAUUUGAGUGGGGUGUUGAAGUGGGCGUGGUCACUACAUUCAUGUUAAGACCAUUUGUACCCCAUGAGUUUGAUAUGUGUAUAAAGAACAGUAUGGAGAUUUUGUGUUCUAGUGUUAGGGUGUAGAACGUUAAACUUCAGGGGCCGUAACCUGCAGAAAGAGAAGGAAUUCAUUCAAGAUGCACUCUAAGCUUAACCAAUCAAAUGCAAACCUUUUUUUAUCUCGGGAAGAUUGUCUUUCUUUUCUUUUAACACUUAAGAGGUAAGAGAUCUGGAAAAAAAGCAAAAGAGAGUCUCAGUGAAGAAGUAUGUCAGACGGUUAACUGUAAAAAUCUUGUCUGCUCUGACAAAAGACGGUUAAAGAUCAGGCCAUUUGACGGUUGAAGAUUGAUUUCUCGAAACGAUAGCCUAGCGAAAGUCGUCAGUCGAGGCGCUAAAUUUUCAUAAAAUUGUAUAAAAUUCCUGCAGAAGUCCGUGCUAGACGAUCGAAAGACUUGGAUAACUUUUCCCCAAAGGGCUACUCUCUGUUAUGUCAAAAAGCAAUCACUCCGAUUUAUUUCAUGUUCAUGCGUACUGAAGGGAAAAAAAUUGCGUAGAGCGGAAUUGCAUAGUUCGUAAUUUCCGCGCAAUUUCGGCGAUGGAGUCGCAAAAGAGCGGCAGGAGGAAAUCAAACGAAGAAACAAAAACGAUUUUCGUGGGUUUAUUUUUGAGUUAUUUUUUUUUUAUUAAAAAAAAUUUAUGUUAGCGUACAGAAAGUGGUAUGUUGCUCGCACCAAUCAAAUCGUUUAGGGUAUGUAUCUCGCACCAAUCAGAUCACCGCAUUAGGGUAUGUAUCUCGCACCAAUCAGAGCGUCGUUUUUGUUUGAGAGGUGUUCAAAUUUCAACUAAGAUAUGGGGGAUUCGGGGAGAACGGUUUGUAAAUUGAAAUCAUCUUUUAGAAUGAGAAACGUUGGCUUUUCUGUGUUUAUAACGAGUAUUAUACCGCAAUGGAAAUGGAGUUCUGUGCACUGUAGCGCGAUCAUGGUUAUUGUUCCUCCACGACGAAAGUGAGUGGAAAAUUUUUGAAUCAAAUAUCGCUUGAAGUGUUGAUGAGUUGCAUCAAACAUUUUGAUUUGAGCAGUUCUUUAACGGCAAGCUUUGUUGCAAGAUUCAUUAUUUGUUGAGUGUGCCGAUUAUAUUUUUCUGGAUUGGUUUGCUCGGUGCUAUUUCUAGAUGAAUGUCUGAUUAAAAUUAACUAUGGAAGAUUUUGUGUAAGUUUUCGAUGACUGGAGGAAAUGAUCUUGUGGAGACGUUUGUGUUUGGCCAAGGACGAAUUCAGAUACCAUCGUUAGCAUGUUUAUUUGAUUUUGAUUGCUGGAAUUAAUGAUUUACGGAGGUAAGUUAAUAUGUUGUGAUCUACUAACGUCGAAAAUAUAUUAAGUCGAUGAAAAAGUUUUGGUCUCGGUCCGCAUUUUUGUCAACAAAAUAAACACAUACCACUUAAAAAGAUGAUAACACGGACCACGUGCAAAGCUGUCGAUUGUUUCUUGAAUGUUGGGCGGUUAAAUAUUCAAUGGCGAGAUCUCAUUUACAUCUACAUCUAUUUUUAUUACGUUUGUAAAACCUGUAUAGACAUCACACCGACCAACUCACCCACAAAGUGAGAAGAAUAUAUGAAGGCUUGAAAUUAUAUUACGAUCGAUUUUAAUCAAGAAAUGGGCUAGGAAUAUGUCACAAUUGUGCAAAUAAUCGUGAAAGCUGAUCGCGGAGAAGCGAUUGCGUGACACUUGCUAAGUUGUAAGAUGACAUGUUAUCAUAUAGCAGACGAGAAAACUCUUCAGAUUCUCAGUCUGCAUUUUGUACCCACUCUGCAGUCUGCAGUCUACAUUUUCUACCUAGUCUACAUUUUGUAUCCGGUGUGCAGUCUGCUGUCUGCAUUUUGUACUAACACGUAUCCGUGGCACCAAUACAGUUUAUUUUUGGUUACAGUUAUUCGCACAACACGCAUAAUCUACCACAAAAUACCUGUGUGUGAGUUAAUUCGACAUUUUCGUUCUUUUCCGCGUUAAUACUCUUCUUUCCUUUUGUAAGAAUGUAGACAUCACUUACAAUGUUUCAAGUAAUCAACCCACUCUACAAAAAGUAACUCUUGCAUUCGUAACAUGCCUAUGUUACUACAAACACAAUUGGAUUUCUCUCACAGCUCUCAAAAUACAUACGUCUUGAUUCCUGAUUCUUAUCAAACUGAAAUCUGACUUGCAACUGGGUACCUUAAUAAGUUGUGACUAAAGAAAAGAAUUAUAGCCUCAUGCCUCGAAAAUAAUUUCCACUGCGAUCCAUGACUGGAGAGAUUCUUGGCGUGUUUCCUAAAACAUUUAAAUUUAUGAACACUUCAAUUUCCUACAGCUGGGAUAAGACUCCAGGCUAAUGGCAGAUUUCAUAUUAACGGAUUUUUAGAGUGCCUUCCAUCAUUAUUUAAACAUUUACCAAGGUCAAGUCGGUAAAUGUGGAUGGUUAUUUGGCGGCAGAUGAUGCAGUAACCCUUUGUCAUACCCGGAUCUGCUAAUAUCUGCAUUAGCAUUCGCAACUCCUGUUUAGAACACAUUUCUGAUAAAAUUCCUAUUCUUCAGUCUUGUCGCAAGCAAGAAGGAUGACAGAAUUAGAAUAGAAUGGUAUUUUGGAGCACAUAAGUAAGGACUCCACCCCACCCUACACAGUAGGAAAACGCCACUCCACUUCACCCCUAUUGAUUGUUACCGGAACUUAAAAAAUUUGGUUGUAUACUCGAGCUUUUGUGUAAGCUCGUUCUUUGUCGAAGACGAAUGAUGACAACAAACGGCAAUGCCUUGUUGGAGAUGUUCGGAAUAUUUAUUUUGUUUUUAUCAAGAGAACACUACAGAGUAAUUUCGUGUGGAGGUGAGUAAAAUUUAUACUCAUUUGGUUGUGUCCUUGUUAAUGUUAACACGUUUGGGAAUACAAGGCGAAAACUGUUGAUGAGUGCCAAACAAUUCUAUCUUUUGGUUAUGUGGGUUGCGUUAAGCAUUAAAGGUGCAUGGUCGAACGGUUGUCUUAUAAAACAAAUGAGCCCGAUUAACUUCAGGAAAUUAAUGAAUCAAGAUCUCUGAGAAGAGUAAAAAUAAUCCGCAGUAACCGUGCCGAAACAUGUAAUGGCAGCAGGAAGUAUUAACAUCACAUGCUAAAGCUCAAACCUACAGGAUUAAUGACUGCUCUAUAAAGCUCUAAUCGACGAAUGUAUCGGCCAUUUUAAAUUAUUCAUUUGUUGAGCAGUCAUAGAAGUUUGAGUGAAGUUUAGCAAUUUUUUCAUUACUUAUACAACAGUCUUACGACUGGGGUUUUGUACUGAAAAUUGCAUGCUGUUUGGAUCACCGCAUGUUUUGCAUUCCUCGGGUAAAAACACGGCAAACCAACGUAAGAAAAUUAAUGGAGUAAAUUGCUACCUAGGUACCAGCCAAGGUUUGUUUGACCCAACGCAAAUGUAUUUAACAGAUUCCUUUAUUUAUUAUAUUUAUUUAUGUGAGUACAUUUGAGGGUUAAGCGACUGCUUAGGAUGUGUACAGACCAGUAGGCCGUUGUCGAGCGUAGAUCAAAUAAGAGUCGUCACGUACGUAACGUCACGCACGUUACGUUUCAUUAAAAAAAAAUCUCACAGAGCCAUUAAAGACUAUCUUGCUUGUUGUGAAAAUCUAUCGAAUGACCUUCGUUGUUCUGAGUUAUUUCAAGCACAAACUUUUCUUUUUCUUUUCUUCGUUAUAUCACUGUUUGAAAAAACUUCCCAGUGACGCGAGGAGGUAAAUUACAUUUGCAGCCUGUUUUUUGAAAGGUCACGCAACACUCCCUGCCUAUCCUCUCAACUUGUGGCCGCAUCUUCAUACCAACCGUUGCUGACCAGAUUAUUUUUCAUUUAUUUUCGAUUCUGGUAAUAAACGAGAGGAACUGAAUUCAAACAAAUAAACAAAUGAGAGUUCUUAAGUGCGUUUAAAUUUUGCGAGAUAUAAAAAGAUUUAAUGCCAAUACAACAAUCUCCUCCGAGCAAAGAUUUUUCUACUUUGACAAUUGCGCACACAGUCCUCUUCAUGUUAGCUUUUGGAUUUAUAUAAAUUUUUGGACCUCACUAUUAAAAAAAAAUAUUUAGAUUAUUCCACAUUUUACAAUUAAUUUAUCAUCAUUCUUGACACUAUUCAUACUUUGUUAUUUAGGACUUAUUUAUAUUCGUAAAUAUUUCUUAACGUUAUUCUUGUAAAUAUUUAUUAUUAUCAUAUUCGUUGUGAAGCGCUAUCGAUCUUUUUGUUGUAUAUAGUGCUGUAUAAGCGAUAAUUUAGGUUACUUAGUAACUUCCUUACUUAGUAACUUCCUUGAAAUUUAAGGGACAUGACACAAAUCAGGACAAUGUUGGCUGGAAGAAUUUAGUGAAACAAAAUAUUUGAUGGACAUACUCUUCAUAAGCGUUCUAAAAAUCUUUUCAUAUUUUCCGGUUGUCUUCUAUAAAACAACCAGGCAAAUUUUGCUUAGUCCGAGAAUGACAAUCUCGCAAACGGAGUCUUCGAGCUGCUCGCAAAAGUCUUCACACAACUGUAAAUUCAAUCAGGUGUCUCGUUUGCGUCGCCGUCAUGACUGCGUUAAGUGACUAAUUUUCAAGGAAUAGGAAUGGUUGUCAAUUUCUUUGGCUGUUGAUACUCCUCCCCUUCUCCUCCCCACCCCUACUGCUCUUAAUCGGACUGUUUGCAGGCAUUAACUUAGAUCCUUCUAAUAACCUCCCCCUCUCUCACCCUUACCCCACUCCCACUCCCAAAUAUCACCCCUGAACGCAACGAUUGAUGGUCUAGCGUAAUUACUCCAGGAUGUUUUUGUUUGGUUGUUUUUAAUUUGUUUGUUUGCUUGACAUUCGGACCACAUGACAUGCUCGAGCCACGGUAAAUUGUGAAACAAAAUAAACUCACCUCACGAAACUCCCAAGGCUCGCACUAACCACAUGAAUAAAAUGAAUUUGUAUAGCUUUAGUCAAAUGAACUUGAUUAGGUUAGUUGCAGUAAAUCAAUCUUGAUAAAUGUUGUUCUCCCUUCUAGUUUUAACUGUCCCUUGCAAGCCCCCGUGCCUCAUUGUAUCAACAACGACAGAAAUAGUGGCCUUGGAUUUUGACAACAACACAAGUUCCCAGAUAAUAUCGGGUUUAUCAAGAGUCAUAGCCCUUGAUGUUCAUUACAGCUUGGGGUACAUUUUUUGGACUGACGUUUCAGACUUAAAUAUCAAGAGAUCUUGUAUCGACGGAACAAAUGUUACUAUAAUUCAUUCCACAACUGGAACGUGUGACGGGCUUGCUGUGGAAUGGAUGAGAUACCAGUUGUACUGGACUGACACGACAGAUGAUGUCAUUCGAGUAUCAGACCUUGAGGGCAAAAAUACACGUAUCUUAAUUUCUUUAGGUCUUGAUGAGCCUCGAGGGAUUGCACUUGACCCUGAGCGUGGGUGAGCUGAUGUUCAUGAGGAUAUUAAAAUUAAUGAUGUCUAUCGGUUCAUAAUGUUUGAUAGAGAUCCAUGGAGUCCGCCAGUCAAUUAGUCAUGCGGACAGACAGAGAGACAGUCACUCGGUCAGUCAGCCAGCUAGACAAGCUGUCACUCAGACAAUUGGUGGGUCGUCUAGAUAGUUCGUCAUUCAGUCUGGCAGUCAACAGUCAGGCAGCCAGUCAGGCAGCCAGUCAGGCAGCCAGUCAGGCGAGCAUCCAACCAGUCAUUCUGUCAGUCAGACUGUCAGUUUAUCAGUUAGUAAGUCAGCCAGUCAGACAGUGAGUCUAUCAGUUAGUUAGUCAGUCAGUCAGGCAGGCAUCCUGCCAGCCAAUCAGUCAGUCAAUCAUCUGUCAGUCAGACAGCCAAUCAGUUAGUCAGACAGUCAGUCAAUCAACCAGUUAGUCAGUCAAUCUGUCAGUUAGACAGUCAUUCAGUCAGUUAGAUAGUAAAUUAGUCAGUCAAUGAGUCAGUCAAUGAGUCAGUCAGACAGUAAAUCAGUAAGUCAAUCAACCACAACCCGAGUUAGUUCACUUGCAGUUCUAAUUGAUAUGGGGAAACUGUAUACCACCAUGACCUAACUGUUACCGAUAUAUCUACAGAUCCAUGUUCUGGACUGACUGGGGAGCAGCGCCAAAAAUAGAAACAGCAACAUUAAAUGGAACCGAGCGCACUACCCUGGUAAACACAAACCUUCAAUGGCCAAACGGCAUCACUCUUGAUAGGAAAAACAGGCUCAUAUUCUGGGUUGAUGCCGGGAAAAACAGGCUGGAGUCAAUUAACUAUGAUGGCAACAACAGAAUGUUGCUUUUCGCGAGAAACGAUUUUCACUUUUUCGGAGUAACUUUCGAUUCUCCAUAUAUAUUCAUAUCUGAAUGGAAUUACAAGAGUGUUUUCAAAAUGAAUAUUUCCAAUGGGACGAUAGCUGGGACAUAUCAUUUUGGAGGUCUAAACAAGAUCAUGGGGAUUGUACCGUACGACAGCUCUUGGCAGCGGCAAAGUGAGUCGUCAACACCGUUUAUUGUAUCUCUUAGUUAGUGCGUGUACUUUAAUUACUCAAUGUAGCGGACAUUAUUUAUUUGCACGGCCCGCUAAAUCCAAAGGUUUCCUUGAUUUGAUUUCUUUCUUUUCCAUUUGAACACAGAAAUAUUAUAAAUCUCUUACUAGCCUCGUUUUCUCGGUCCGCACUGUAAAUUGCGGAUGCUUUUUUUUUCCUUUUGAAUUUAUGGCCAAGUAAUACCUAAACUGGCUUUUCUGCUGUUAAGCGACCUUUAAUAUAACCUUUUUACGCCAAAUAGCGCUCGAAGGUUAGUUGUGAUUAAUUACAUGGUCUGAAAAAAGGUAGAAAAAGUUAAGGAUCAAUGUGAUUCGAGCCCUUGCCACCAAAAUACUUGUUCAGCGCAUUUCUUUCCGUUUUAAGUUUUCUUCGAGUUUGUUGAAGCACUAGUAAUGUUUUAGUCAGUAACCCAGGAUGGAACAGCUCAUUACCGACAUUUGAAAGUGAAAGUUACCUCCAAAUGUUUACAAUUAAAAUGCUCUAACAACUAAUUCAGUUUUUUGCGUUUAUCGCAGCAAUCACGUGUUCAAGAUUGCCUUCACCGACAAAUGGAACAAGACUUGGAUGUUCAGGGAACGCAACUGAGUUUUAUGAUACAGUCUGUCGGUUUGGGUGCAAUAAUGGCUAUGUAGGAUCUGGUUCUCAAAUAAGAAGAUGUCAAGAGAAUAAAACUUGGAGUGGUGAAGAGUUUGUCUGUCAAAGUACGUCCCAUCUGUUAGUGAUGCUUGAAAUGUAACACUUUGCUUUUUUUCUCUAGAGCAAUCACGAAGGAAGACAUUAUAGCCCCUUAAGAUGGAAAUGAUAUGGGAUACCGAAGAUAUUGUUGUGCUAUUGGUAUUCUUAUAAAAAGUGUCAUCAGUCAAUUAGUCAGACAGUCAGUCAGUCAGUCAGUCAGUCAUUGGUCAAUGAAGCGGACACUGUUUUACUGUACGGCCCGCUAAAUUCAAAAGUUUAUUUGAUUUGAUUUCUUUCCCUUCUGUUUGAACCCAGAGAUACAAUAAAUAUCUUACGAACCUCGUUUUCUCGGUCUGCACUCUAAGUUACGGAGCCUCUUUUGUCUUUCCUUUUGAACUUAUGGCUAAGUACUACCUAAACUGGCUUUUCUUCGGUUAAGCGACCUUUCAGAUAAAGUUGUUACUGAAAAUAAUCUCCGUAGGCGAGCUGCGAUUAAAGACAUGGUCUGGCAAAAACUAGAAAAAGUUAAGGAUCGAAGGGAUUCGAAUCCUUGACUCAAAGAUACGGUUAGGCGCAUUUUUUCAGUUUUACAUUACGUUCGAGUUGGUUGAAGUACUAGUAUUGUCUUAGUCAGUAACACAGGAACGAACAGCUCAUUACCGACAUUUGAAAGUGAAAAUUACCUCCAAACGUCAACGAUUAAAAUACUUUAGCAGCUAUUUAAGUUUUUUGCGUUUAUUGCAGAAAUAACGUGCCCAGGAUUGCCUUCACCAAUAAAUGGAACAAGACUUGGAUGUUCAGGGAACGCAACUGAGUUUUAUGAUACAGUUUGUCGGUUUGGGUGCAACAAUGGCUAUGUAGGAUCUGGUUCUCAAAUAAGAAGAUGUCAAGAAAAUAGAACUUGGAGUGGUGAAGAGUUUGUCUGUCAAAGUACGUCCCAUAUCUUAGGGAUGCUUGAAAUGUAACACUUUGGCUUUUUUUUCUCUCGAACAAUCACGAAGGAAGACAUUAUAGUCCCUUAAGAUGGAAAUGAUGUAGGAUACCGAUGAUAUUGUUGUGUCAUUGGCUUUUCAUAAAAAGUGUUAUCAGUCAGUACGUCAGACAGUCAGUCAGUCAGUCAUUGGUCAAUGAAGCGGACACUAUUUCACGGCACGGCCCGCUAAAUUCAAAAGUUUGUUUGAUUUUAUUUAUUUCCCUUCUGUUUGAACCCAGAGAUACAAUAAAUAUCUUACAAACCUCGUUUUCUCGGUCUGCACUGUAAGUUACUGAGCCUCUUUUGUCUUUCCUUUUGAACUUAUGGCUGAGUAAUACCUAAACUGGCUUUUCUUCGGUUAAGCGACCUUUAAGAUAAAGUUGUUAUUGAAAAUAAUCCUCGUAGGCGAGCUGCGAUUAAAGACACGGUCUGGCAAAAGCUAGAAAAAGUUAAGGAUCGAAGUGAUUCGAGUCCUUGCCUCCAAGCUACUCUUGGACGCAUUUUUUCAGUUUUACAUUUCCUUUGAGUUUGUUGAAGUACUAGUAUUGUCGUAGUCAGUAACACAGGAAUGAACAGCUCUUUACCAACAUUUGAAAGUGAAAAUUACCUUCAAACGUCAACGAUUAAAAUACUCUAACAGCUAUUUAAGUUUUUUGUGUUUAUUGCAGAAAUAACGUGCUCAGGAUUGCCUUCACCGACAAAUGGAACAAGAAUUGGAUGUUCAGGGAAUGCAACUGAGUUUUAUGAUACAGUUUGUCGGUUUGGGUGCAACAAUGGCUAUGUAGGAUCUGGUUCUCAGAUAAGAAGAUGUCAAGAGAAUAAAACUUGGAGUGGUGAAGAGUUUGUCUGUCAAAGUACGUCCCAUAAUUAAGGGAUGCUUGAAAUAUAGCAUUUGCCUUUUUUUCUCUAGAACAAUUACGAAGGAAGACAUUAUAGUCACUUUAGAUGGAAAUGAUGUAGGAUACCGAAGAUAUUGUUGUGCCAUUGGCAUUCUCAUAAAAAGUGUUACAAGUCAGUUAGUCAGACAGUCAGUCUGUCAGUCAGUCAGUCAUUGGUCAAUGUAGCGGACACUAUUUCACGGCACGGCCCCCAUAAUUCAAAAGUUUGUUUGAUUGGAUUUCUUUCCCUUCUAUUUGAUCCCAGAGAUACAAUAAAUAUCUCACUAGCCUCGUUUUCUUGGCCUGCACUGUAAGUUACGGAGCCUCUUUUGUCUUUCCUUUUGAACUUAUAGCUGAGUAAUACCUAAACUGGCUUUUCUUCGGUUAAGCGACCUUUAAGAUGAAGUUGUUAUUGAAAAUAAUCCCCGUAGGCGAGCUGCGAUUAAAGGCAUGGUCUGGCAAAAGCUAGAAAAAGUUAAGGAUCGAAGUGAUUCGAGUCCUUGCCUCCAAGGUACUGUUGGGCGCAUUUUUUCAGUUAUACAUUUCCUUCGAGUUUGUUGCAGUACAAGUAUUGUCUUAGUCAGUAACACAGGAAUGAACAGCUUUUUACCGACAUUUGAAAAUGAAAAUUACCUCCGAACGUCAACGAUUAAAAUACUCUAGCAGCUAUUUAGGUUUUUUGUGUUUAUUGCAGAAAUAACGUGCUCAGGAUUACCUUCACCGACAAAUGGAACAAGACUUGGAUGUUCAGGGAAUGCAACUGAGUUUUAUGAUACAGUUUGUCGGUUUGCGUGCAACAAUGGCUAUGUAGGAUCUGGUUCUCAAAUAAGAAGAUGUCAAGAGAAUAAAACUUGGAGUGGUGAAGAGUUUGUCUGUCAAAGUACGUCCCAUCUCUUAGUGAUGCUUGAAAUCUAACACUUUACUUUUUUUCUCUAAAACAAACAUGAAAGAAGACAUUAUAGUCACUUAAGAUGGAAAUGAUAUGGGAUACCGAAGAUAUUGUUGUGCUAUUGGUAUUCUUAUAAAAAGUGUUAUCAGUCAGUUAGUCAGACAGUCAGUCAGUCAGACAGUCAGUCAGUCGGUCAUUGGUCAAUGAAGCGGAUACUAUUUUACUACACAGCCCGGUAAAUUCAAAAGUUUGUUUGAUUUGAUACUAUUUGAACACAGAGAUACAAUAAAUAUCUUACUAACCUCGUUUUCUCGGUCUGCACUGUUAGUUACGGAGCCUCUUUUGUCUUUCCUUUUGAACUUAUGGCUGAGUAAUACCUAAACUGGCUUUUCUUCCGUUAAUCUACCUUUAAGAUAAAGUUGUUACUGAAAAUAAUCCUCGUAGGCGAGCUGCGAUUAAAGACAUGGUCUAGCAGCUAUUUAAGUUUUUUGCGUUUAUUGCAGAAAUAACGUGCCCAGGAUUGCCUUCACCGAAAAAUGGAACAAAACUUGGAUGUUCAGGGAAUGCAACUGAGUUUUAUGAUACAGUAUGUCAGUUUGGGUGCAAUAAUGGCUAUGUAGGAUCUGGUUCUCAAAUAAGAAGAUGUCAAGAGAAUAAAACUUGGAGUGGUGAAGAGUUUGUCUGUCAAAGUACGUCCCGUAUCUUAGUGAUGCUUGAAAAUGUAACACUUUUUUUUCCUUAGAACAGACACGAAGAAGGACACAAUACUCUCUAGGAAUGGAAAUGAUGUAGGAUCCGAAGAUAUUUUUAUGCUAUUGGCAUUCUCACUAAAAAUGUAUUAUAUUACCAUAGGUCUAGGUCUAUAGGUCAUUCAUCACUAAACAAGUCUGUCUCUGAAAUUCAAUUAUGGGCUUCAGCGAAUAAGCUCCCAUUAAAUGAAGACAAGACUAAAGUACUUACGAUCACUGGCAAAAGACGCGUGGCCAACAUAAAUAGAAGUGACAUAGAUGUAAUCGUAAAUGGAAAACAGCUCAGUAAUGUGGAUUGUGCUACCUUAUUAGGCGUAGAAAUUGACAGCAAAUUGUCAUUUAAUGAACAUGUUGAGAAAGUAUGUAAAAAGUUGGCCUCUAGAAUCGCAAUAUUGCGUAAGAUCCGAGCGUGUCUACCUCUUAAACAGCGACUUCAGUUUUAUUAUAGCAUUAUUCGCCCUGUUAUGUCUUACGCUAACGUUGUUUGGGCAAAUUGCGAUAAAGAGUCGGUUCAUAGGGUCUUAAGAUUGCAAAAACGUGCGGCACGCGUUAUUUGUUAUGCCGAUCGCAUGACACCAUCAGUUGCUUUGUUUAACAAGCUAGGUUGGAUCCCAUUUUAUGAGCAACAUAAGAUUGAUAAAUGCACAAUAAUGUAUAAGCGAAUUAAUGGGACUUUGCCGAAUUAUCUAAAUGAACACUUAAUUUUAAAUAAUAAGCGGCACUCCCGCAACACUAGAUAUUCAAGCACUAAUGCUGUUUGUCCUAAAUAUAAAAGAGAAACAGAAGGAGGACGCUCUUUCGCUGUUUCGGCAACAAGACUGUGGAACAGUACACCAAUUGAAAUUAGGAAACUAAAUUCUGUAGCAUGUUUUAAAAAGAACAUGUUUGCCAAGAUUUUUAAGGAACAACAAUUUUUGCAUCAUUUCAUAAUUUAAUAAUUUAUUUUUAUCUUAUAAUCGAAUCCUGUCAUAUUCUAUAUUUUAACUGUAUAUAUAUACAUUUUAGCUUACAGUAUUUUAGAUUGUAAAUAGUUGUGAGGGCCACAAGUUUAUUAGCCUUUGGCUAUUAAGUGCCACCCUCUUUAAAUAAAGGCUUUACUUACUUACUUACUAUAUAUAGGUAAAAGGGCACUCCUUACACUGUUUGCCCAUAAUUCUCAAAAGAAAAAAGUUAAUUAAAUAUCUGUAAAGUAUCUCCCCUAAAUCAGGAUGAAAAUUAAUUUUAACCUUUUUCAGUUGUGAUGUGCCCUACUCCGAUGCCACCAGCCAAUAGUGUUAGACAUGGAUGCACUGGGAACGCAACAGAAUACCCUUAUAACACAGAAUGUCAGUUCUCCUGCAUUGAGGGCUAUAAACUCAUUGGCUCUAGCUUGAGAAAAUGCCAAGACAACGGGCUCUGGAGCGGAGGAGGGGAAUUUUAUUGCGAGAGUAAGUUAAAAAAAUAUUGUAGAAACGAUUUUGUUUUCAGACGCGUGGCUUUUAUUAAGCAAUGUAUGAACAUUGCAAAUGCGUCGUAGUAUGUGAGUCUCUUCAACUUCCUCCCAAUAUGAGAACGAAAGGUUCUUGCAACCGGUUGCCAGGCAACGGUUGUCACUUUAUCUGCGAACGAGGCUUCAACUUGAUUGGCCCAGAAAUCCUGUGGUGUAAUAAAGAUGGAUCAUGGACCGGCACGCAACCUCGAUGUGAUGGUAAGCUUACACAACAUUGAACUUAUCCUUCGCAAAUCAGAACUAAAAAAUCCAGCCAAACAAAGGCUCGAAUCUUGAUUUUAUAUCCUUUCGAAUCCUCCACAUGAUACCUUUUUUGGACAAAUUUUCCAGGGCGUCUGAAAACAACCACAUCUCCGCCUCUGAGACUAAUAGCAAAGGCGUCAUAAUGAAUUUUUUGUUUUGUUUAGUUGUUACCUGCCCAAUGUUAUCAUUACCGACCCAUGGUGUAUUCUUGGGAUGUAACACUAAUACGACGGAGAUGUUAUAUGGCACAGAAUGCAGCUUCUCUUGUAAAGAAGGAUCUGUAGCAACUGGUUCAACAGGAAGGAGAUGUACUCAAAAUGGAACCUGGACUGGAACAGACAUUGAGUGUACAGGUAUAGGAUCUGGCAACACCUGGAAUCAUGAAAAUUCAAAUAAUCAUAGUUGUCAUUCGAGAAUCCUACCCACUAAUUCGAUUGGCGAUCUUGAUAAUUAA